GAGCGGCGGCAUGCGGCGGGCUCGGGGCGCGGCGCUGGCCACGCUGAUGAUCGUGUCUGCGGUCAGAGCCCAAUUGGAGCAGGAGCCAUUCCUGGAGACCGUCGAGGGCAGCAGCAUCAGCAUCAAGUGCUCUCACCCCAAUAUCCAGAGGGGCGAUUUCAUUCACUGGUACCGUCAGCUGCCGGGCAAAGGGCCCGAACUCGUGGUCAUGACUGUGCAAGCGUCCAAGGAGGUGCGAUCCCCUGAAGGGCGCCUGACGGUGUCGGCAGAUCGGCGUCGGAGCGCGCUGUGGCUCGGGCGGCCCCGGCGCGGGGACGCGGCCGUGUAUUACUGCGCGCUGGGGCCACGGGCAGAGGAGCCGGGGCUGCGGCCGGGCACGAACCGCCGCGGGCGGGGCCGGGCGGGGCCAGCAGGGGGCGCUGCCGCUCCCGCUCGGCCCGGGCUGCGGCACCGGGACCGACACCGGCACCGACAAUGGACAUCGGCCCCAGAACCGGCGCCGCCACGGACACAGGCACCGGUAGCGAUACCGGUACUGGCGCCGACAACAGCGCCCACACCGGCACCAGCUCCGGCUUUCAGCCACCGACCGUGCUCAGCCCCUCUCCUCAGCCCGGGCUGCGUCCGGCUUAGCCGCGCUGAUCAUUGGUUUGUUUCUUUUUUCUCCCUGGCAGUGGCUGUGGUCAGAGCCCAAGUGCAGCAGGAGCAGUCACUGGAGACCACCGAGGGCAUCGGCAUCAACAUCACCUGCUCACAUCCCAAUAUAAGGAUGGGCGAAAUGAUCUACUGGUACCGACAGCUCCCGGGCAAAGGGCCCGAAUUCCUUGUGCUGACAGUGAGAGAGACCAAAGAGCUGCCGGACAGUGCGGGCCGUGUGUGGGUGUCGGCAGAUCGGCGUGGGAGCGCGCUGUGGCUCGGGCGGCCCCGGCGCGGGGACGCGGCCGUGUAUUACUGCGCGCUGGGGCCACGGGCAGAGGAGCCGGGGCUGCGGCCGGGCACGAACCGCCGCGGGCGGGGCCGGGCGGGGCCAGCAGGGGGCGCUGCCGCUCCCGCUUGACGCCUCUCGCCGGGGCCGGCACCGAGCCGCGCCUGCAACCCCCGGCAUCCCGACCGGGAGCAACCACGGGCCCGCCACACGGCCUGGCCUGCUGCCAGAGACCCCUCCGGGCACAAGGAUGCUGCCCUGCACGGCGCACAAA